AUUUUUCGAAUUCAGUACAUACAUAUAUUGUCCCUUUUGUGGUUAUAAUUAAUUCUAUCAUUCAAGCUUAUCGCAACAGUUCACCAGUGUUUGCUGAAACAUUGCAUUGGAGAGCUAGUCUUUCAAGGUAAUUGCUGCAUGGCGUUAGCGAAAUAAUGAGCAUUCGGAUUGCGGAGUGCUGUAAAUUACUGCUAACUUGAGGUGUUGAACUCCUUGCAUUUGGUUUGAGAAUUUCCUUAGUCUCUGGCGGCUUUAUAUAAAAAGGCAAUAGAAAAUGGAAGAAAUUUGUAUUUCAAUUGCAUCUAAAAUUGUAGAAAAACCAGUGGCACUAAUUGGGAGACAACUCAGCUAUCUAAUAUACUACGAUUCUAACAUAGAAAGUCUAAAGGAUGUGCUUAAAAACCUUGAUGACAAGAAAAAUGAUGUGCAAAGAUCUGUGGAUGCUGCAACAAGGAAUGGUGCAACCAUUAAAGAUCAAGUUCAGAGUUGGCUAAAGGAUGUAAGCAAAAUAUUUCGUGAAGCGGAAGAACUUCAAACCAAACUCAACAUGCAAAGGUGGUGCCCAAGUUUGAAGUCGCGGUAUUCUCUGAGUAGGAAAGCCAAGAAGAUUGCUCAGCGUGUACUUGAUCCCAAACUAGACGAAGGACUGAGUAAUAAUGUUGCCAAUCCUGCACCUGUGCCACAGCUGGGGUCAAUAAUCUCUAGUGAAGGUUUUAAGGGUUUUGAAUCCAGAAAAGAUGUCAUGAAUGAUGUGCUUAGUGCUUUGAGGAAUGAAAAAACAAGAAUAAUUGGGAUUUGCGGGAUGGGAGGUGUGGGUAAAACCACAAUGGUGAGAGAAAUCAUCAAGAGAUUACAAGGAACAAAUAAGCUGUUUGAUGAUGUUGUGAUGUCAACUGUAUCCGCAACUGUAAACAUUAGGAAAAUUCAAACUGAAAUUGCAGAGUCACUAGAUAUGAAAUUGGUCGAGGAAAGUGAAUCUAUAAGAGCACAAAGGCUACAUGAGAGAAUCAAGCAGAGUAAAAGAAUCCUGAUUAUAUUGGAUGAUGUAUGGUCAGAGCUUAAAUUACAGGAUGUAGGAAUCCCUUUUGGUGAUCAUGAAGGGUGCAAAAUUUUGUUGACAUCUCGAAAUGAAGAAGUUUGUAAAACAAUGGGGUGCAAAGACAACAUUUUUAGAGUCCAAGCCUUAAAUAAAGAAGAAGCAUGGGAGCUUUUCAAGGCGACUGUAGGUGAAUCCUUGGACAAUAAUAAUCCUCAUUUACUUCAUGUUGCAGAAAUGAUUGCAGAUGAAUGCAAAGGUUUACCCAUUGCCAUCAUAACCAUCGGGAAAACACUAGUCUCAAUUGACAAGAAUGAAUGGGAUACUAUCCGCGAGCAACUGAAAAAUUCUCUCCCAGAAAUCAUCCCUGGAAUGGAACAGAGUGUUUAUUCUUGCAUAAAACUAAGUUACGAUAAAUUGGACAGUGGUGAAGUCAAGUCAUGCUUUUUACUUUGUUGCUUAUUUCCAGAAGAUUAUGAUGUUCCGAUUGAGUAUAUGGUGAGGUAUGGGUUGGGUCGAGAAAUUUUUGAAAACGCCAAUACGAUUGAAAACGCAAGAAAGAGAGUGCACUUUUUCGUUGGACAACUAAAAAGAAGGUUUUUGUUGCUGGAUAGUGAAAAGGAAGAAUGUAUCAAAAUGCAUGAUAUAGUUCGUGAUGUUGCUAUAUCAAUUGCCUCAAAAGAUCCUCACAGAUUUAUGGUAAGAUCAUUUGAUGUGGAAGGUGGAGGCGGAGGAUGGCCAGGACUACAAAAAGCAACAAACCAAGAACAUUGCAGUGCAAUUUCAUUAAUUGAUGUUAAGUUAGAUAAAGAUAUUAUUGAUGGUUUGGAGUGCCCAAAACUUCAGCUUCUACAACUGAGAAAUUCCUCCAGUAGUUCAGAAUAUUCCAACCACUUUAAAAGGUUGAGAGAACUCAAGGUUUUAGCUUUCUUGAGGAUGGAUAUGUCAGGUUACUUGGCCUCAAAAAGAUCUCUACCGCUUGGAGAACCCAAGUACCUUCAUACCUUGUGUCUAGAGGAUUGCAAAUUGGGAGACAUAUCCCAUGUUAUUGGAGAACUGGAGAAUUUGGAGAUCCUCAGCUUUGCUCGCUCUCAAAUCAAUAAGUUACCCAGAGAAAUAGGACUUCUUCAUCGGUUAAGGAUGCUGGAUGCAACAGAUUGUGAUGGACUUGAAGAAAUUCCUCAUGGUGUCUUAUCCAACUUGAGGAGAUUAGAAGAGUUGUACAUGGCAGAAAGCUUUUUCAAUUGGGGGCCAGCAACAGGAAGCAAGGAUGAAACGAGCAUGGCAAGCCUUGAUGAGGUGACGUCUCUAUCUGUUCAUUUAAAAGUCUUAGCCAUAAAUAUACCCGAUCGUCAGAUGUUGCAUAAUGGGUUUCUCUUAAAGAACCAGCAUAUAAGAUUUCAUGUAUCUAUCAAUGCUAGACGAACAUACUAUUACAAAAUGCUUCGUUAUCUAUUUGCAAAAGGGAGUUUCGAGAAUCGAAUGCCUGGUUAUCUGUUCGAAAAUAGUUUGAUGCUUCUUGGUGAUGUAAAGGAAUAUUUGGAGAUUGGAGCGGUUAGAUACUUCUUGAAGCUAUCUAAAAACUUAAGCCUACACCACACAUACAAUUUAAAGUAUGUCAUCGAGGAGUUAGAUGAUGAAGGGGGCUUUCAACACUUGAAAGUUUUGUCAAUCGAGUAUGACAACAACAUAGAGUAUCUUAUGACUCGUCAACAUUCUGCCUUCCGCAACUUAAAGUCAGCUACCUUCAAGGAAGUUAACAAACUAAAAGUUGUAUGUCAUGGAAAACUGCCAGACAAGCGCUCCUUUAUGAACCUAAGAUCCAUAGCAAUUAACCAUUGUAAUGAGUUAAAAUAUGUAUUUUCACUAUCCGUAGCACAAAACUUGGUACAACUCCAAAGCUUAAACGUUAAAAAUUGUGCUAAAGUGGAAGAGAUCAUAUCAAAGGAGAGAAUGGAAGAUGAUAAUGCAUCUCACAGGAUAAGUUUCCCAAGAUUAACCUUUUUGAAGCUUUCUUUUCUACAAAAGCUCCAUGGUUUCUACACGGGAAACCAACGGGACUCCACCUAUGAGAUUAUAAAGCCCAAUUAUGAAAGUGCGAAUAAGACGAAAGAGACUAGGAAUGACAAUCAAGUUGCUGGGUCGACCUCAUCUGGAUCAAAAGUAGCACAAGUGGGAGCAAGUUGUAAUGCUCUAUUUCCUUCAAAUUGCAUUUCAUGGUUACCAAAUCUAGAGGGACUAGUGUUGAAGAGUUUGACAAGCAAUGUGGUAUUUGAUUUAGAAGGGCAUGAUUCAGCAUUUUCUCAAUUACAAGCAUUGAUUGCGGAUGGUUUAGAUGAGGUUGAGCAUUUGUGGAAGAACGUUCAACCUGGAUUCCAAGGUUUUCAAAAUGUAAGAACUUUAUCUAUUGGAGCUUGUAACAGUAUGAAAUAUCUAUGCCCCUAUGAAAUUUACAAGCUCCUUAUGAAUCUCGAAGAAGUCGAAAUAAAUAAAUGUGAGAAUAUGGAAACUAUAGUAUUGGCAGCUGCUUCCACAGAGGACAAUAUCCAUGAUGAGACAGGUGGCAGUGGCGCGAUGACUUUGUUUCCCAAACUACUCAAUAGAUUCAACCUUCAGAAUUUGUCAAGCCUAGAGAGAUUUUGCCCUGAUGCCUAUUCUUUUGCAUGGUCCUCCUCCACGAGAAUUAUGAAUGUGAGACGUUGUCCCAAAUUAAAGACAUUGGGUUUUGCACCAGUAAGCAAAAAGCUGCCAGCAGUUGCAAAGAAUUUGAGUGAUGAUCAUGUAAGAGGUAGAGAAGAAUCAGGAUCUGGAUGCGCAUCAUCAACUAGAUCUAGAUCUGGAUUUGGAUGUGCGCCACUAGUCUGCUUACGAAGUCGUCCAUCCACUCGCAACUUUACUCAAAUAUUGCCCCGCCCUGUAAAUAGAGAGGUUAUGCCUGCAAAUCUUCAGACCUCAAGUGCUAGCGACAAUCUAGAAGAUCUCUAUGUAAAUAGGUGCGAUUUAUUGGAAGUGAUAUUUCUGGUUCAGGAAACCCCUUCUACUCAAGCAUUUGAUAAGCUGAGGGAAUUGAAUUUGGUGGAGUUACCCAUGCUGAGCCACAUAUGGGAAAAGGAUUUACAAGUUAGCUCAGGCUUUGGAAACCUGAGAUCACUACGUGUAGUGGACUGUGACAAUUUGAGAUACUUGUUUUCACAGCACAUAGCCAAACUUCUUACCAGCCUUGAGACAAUAUGUGUUUCCUUUUGUAAUGCGAUGGAGAAAAUUGUUGGAGAGGCAGAAGGAGGAGGAGAAAGUAUUGAGGAUGAAUUGACAUUUCCUCAAUUGAAUUUUAUCCAACUUCGGUAUUUACCCGCACUUGAAUCUUUCUGCUCUCAAGCUUGUACUUUGAAGUGGCCAGCCUUGGAGGUGUUGAUCAUAGUUGAUGAGUGUCCAAAAUUAAAAGUGUUUGCUCCUGAGUCUCUAUAUGUAUAAGAGCAGCCGACAUGUGUAUAUGAAGCGUCCACCUGGAGAGAAAAGAAGAAUAUCAUCAGAAGCCAAGAAGCUAGGGACAAGACUACAUGAUAUGUUGCGGUGCACAUCUACAAGAUACCAUGACAUACCAAUUUCGUUAUCGUUGCUUUCAUCACUGAUUAUACAUUUUCGUUGUUAAUAUGUUCCUCAUAUCCUGCCACUGCAUCUCUUUGAUCAGAUAAUUUAGUUAUUAUCUUUAGUUGUAUUAUAAAACUGAAUUUAUUUGGAUCUUC